UUACCAUCCGAUAAUACAAAUUCUUCGAAGCCAGUUUUGCAACGCCCAAUCGAUCUUCAUUUUCUCUUCAAAAAAAUGGGAGGUGGAGGAGAGCAUUCUCAUGGUGGAGAUUUUAGGACUAAGGUAUGGAGUAUGAGUGGCGGGCCUUACUGUAGACCCCUUCAUUGGAAGCGAAAUACCGCUCUUGCCCUUGCCGGUAUCGUACUUGUAUGCAUUCCUGUUGCCUUGAAAUCUGCCGAGCUUGAGCAAAGGCCACAUCUUCCAGUCCGCCCCAUUCCUUCUCAGCUCUGGUGCAAGAAUUUUGGAACAAAAGACUACUAGUCUUGUUUGUAAAGCAAAUAGUAGUUUGCUGUGCGGGUGUUGCCAGUAUUUGGAUUCUGAAGUGCAUUUCAUGGUUACUUUUUAUUCGAAACAGUGACAUUAUAAUGACGAUGUUCCAUUAAAUAAACAUGACACUUUACUGCAUGCUUUUUUACAAAUGAUUAAAGCCUGCCAGAGCAAUUUUUCA